CAGCUCUGUCCCUUCCCCCACCGUCCACUGUCACCCACACCAAGACUCCUAGACCUUUGUGCUAUCCAUAGAGGUUUAUCCUCUAUUUCCAAAUGCCCUCAGGGAGGGGAAGGACUUGCCUAGAGCCACAUGCAGGUCUCCUGCCUUCCAGAAUGGUUUUUCUGAGACACUAGAAGGUUGAAGUUGAAAGGUAGGCAGUCAUGCCUGGGGAUCUGUUUUUUGACUUCAGGUGAAAUAUCUUUUCUCAAGUUCAAAGACUUUAGAAGGAGAGACUGAGGUGCUGGAGAGAUGGCUCAGCCCUUAGGGUAUGGGUUCAGUCCCCAACACCCACAUGGCCACUAACAACCUUCCCCUACAACUCUAAUUCCAGAGGAUCUGAUGCCUUCUUCUGGCAUCUUUGAGUAUUGCACAUCAUUUGACUGGUACAGCGGGACAUUGUAUAUUUAUUUAUCCCAUACUUGCCAAUUACCCUCUAAAUAUCAUAUCCUGUGGUAAAUAAGGAGGGCACAGGUAGGUACUCCUAAUCUCUACACAAAGUUUGAGGAAAACCAGGUAGGCCCACAUGUCAGAGGUCAUGGAGGAACAGGCAGGGACGUUCAGAGCCAAGGCAGCACAGCCUUGUGUCUACAUAAUACCAGUAGUCAGAGAGGAAGGCCAAGAGGUUUGGAUAUAGGAAAUUUUAGGGCCUUGGGGAGGGAAGGAAGAUCAGGGUAUCUAGAUGAGAAAGAUAGAAACCAGUUGAGCUCCAUAAAGUGUAUGCUGCCCUCUUGUGGUCUGAGGGCCUGCCUUAGCUCCUUCAACUACCUGCACAGCAGCCAACCUGUAGAGUUGCUGUCAUCCAAACUGCAGCAUGUCCAAACUGAUCUGAACUAGCAGUCAUCCUAGACUAUUCUACCCAAAUAGUUGCCCGUUCUUCCCCAAAACUUCAUACGAGUUUUUAUCAAGUUUUCUACCACCUCUUCUCAAUUCUUCUUGGUGGUUAACAUAUCAUUAGACAAAUAUUGGAGGGCCUAUUUUACUCUGGAUACUGGUCUAGGCUCUGUGAUGUUGAGUACAGCGCCUUCCCAGGGUCACCAGUAUCUGUUGUCCUCACUACCGGAUCCACCCAGCUUAUACGCCCGCCAACCCUCUAUGGCCAAUGAGUUAUGCACAAGCUAUGGCUUAGGCCCUACUGCAAACCGCCGGGGCUGUCCAGUGUCCUAGGAUGAGAAUAAAGCUCAGAAUUCCGUAACUAAGAGUCUCGCCUGCUUGUAUGCUCCAGGGGCUUCGCCUUCGCUGUUGCGGUGUGUCAACAGGUGACGCAUGCCAUACAUCUUUUAAAGGCACAAAUCUACAGUCUUCAGGCGCAGGGCUCCUCUGAUAGCUGCUCCUCUCCCGGGUGGGCCCUCUGAAGGUACCGGGCUGCUCCGGGAUCGUCGCGCCGAUCCUCGAGGCAAGCCAGUUGCCAGCAUCCACUCCGCUGAGCCGAACCGCACCCCAGGUUUCCCUCAAGCCCCGCCCCCUGCGUGCGCGGCCCCGCGGCUCCGCGCGCUCUCGUUCUGCGCGCCAUCUUGGCUACUCCGUGAGGGUCGAGCGUCUGCUGGCGACCGUGUACAUAUCCAGAGAGAUUCACCAAAGCCGCGAGAGCAGAAUGGAACACUACCGGAGGGCUGGCUCUGUAGAGCUCCCAGCCUCCUCACCAAUGCCCCAGCUACCUCCGGACACUCUGGAAAUGCGAGUCCGAGAUGGAAGCAAAAUCCGAAACCUGCUCGGGCUGGCACUGGGUCGGUUGGAAGGGGGAAGCACACGGCACGUGGUGUUCUCAGGCUCUGGCCGGGCUGCUGGAAAGGCUGUCAGCUGUGCAGAGAUUGUCAAACGGCGGGUUCCAGGCCUACACCAGCUCACCAAGCUUCGAUUCCUGCAAACUGAGGACAGCUGGGUCCCAACUUCUCCGGACACAGGUCUAGACCCCCUCACAGUCCGACGCCAUGUGCCUGCAGUGUGGGUACUGCUUAGUCGGGACCCCUUGGACCCCAGUGAAUGUGGCUACCAACCCCCAGGUGCACCUCCUGGCCUGGGCUCCAUACCUAGUUCCAGCUGUGGUCCCAGACCCCGAAGGAGGGCUCGGGACACCCGGUCCUGAAGAUCUGGGCCUGACUGUACUCUAGACCUGAAUAUCUGUGCCUUCUCUAAGAAGCGCUUGUGAUUGCUCAACAUGCCAGUGAGGAUUAAGUCUACAGAAGAACGUCCCCUCCCCUCUGGAAAGUGGGAUGGGACUGUUACAGAGACUGGUGUGGGUCAGUGCUGAGUUAAAGGCUGCUUGAGAAGGGCUUAUUCUGUCUCUACAGUAUGUCUCACAUGCCUUCUCUGACGUCCGACCAGGGAAGGGAAAUAAAGGUUGUACCCGUUUGUUUGGCCUGA